UGACUGAAACAUUAGACGCUUCUGACUGGUGGGAAAUGAUCGUGAGCCGGACAUGGGCCCCGGCAUAUUGGUCUGCGUUCAGCAGAUCGCUCACCCAGGCCCACCAUGGCUGCCAUCUGCCCAUGCUGUAAUCCUCCAAUCAGAGCCUCUGCUGCUGCCGCCAUCUGUGCCGGUCAGGAACAAGCAUGAUGAAGCUGGAUAGUUGGACACAGCAGAUAGAAGAACAAAGAGACAUUUAGUAAAUCUUAAAAAGUAUGUUGACGAUGCAAUGCAGGCUAUAUUUGUUGUGGUCUUUUAUUUGCAAAUCCAGACUUUCUGGAGGGAUCCACAGUGGAUAUGAUGGCUACAAACUGGAGGGAAUGUGUCUGAUUGUUCAUCAUGGGCAGUAUUCAUUAGCUUAAACUCCGAAGCUGUGAGAAAACACUCCAACGCCGACAAGGUUGGCUGCUUGUUGCUCAUUAUCGGCCUGCCUCUAACAGACUGCAGCGGGGGAAUAGCUGCAGAUAAGUGGUCAGAUCCCGACUCUCAGAUCUCCUUUUUAAAGCUUUCCACAGACUGAAUGUCAUUAUCAUGUGUUGACUCCGUCAAUAUGUGCAGCUGCUUUUUGUGUGCUGUUUACACAGCGCCGCCAUUACCGGGAGGCUAGCUGGUAAUGAGCCAAGCAGCAGACACCCGCAAGUCCCAUCAGCAGCAUACUGGUCAACACGUACGGCUGCAGACCCAUCGUCAUGAUGGGCGGCUGCCUUUGUGCCGUGGGCAUGAUCUCAGCGUCCUUCUGCACCAACGUGAUGCAGCUUUACAUCUGCAUCGGUGUCAUCGGAGGACUUGGACUGGCCUUCAACCUGCAGCCAGCGUUGACGAUGAUAGGCAAAUAUUUCUUUAAGAAGCGCCCCAUUGCUAAUGGGUUAGCGAUGGCAGGCAGCCCAGUCUUCCUCAGCACUCUGGCACCUCUCAACCAGUACCUCUUUAACCAGUUUGGAUGGAGAGGCAGCUUCCUCAUCCUGGGUGGGCUGCUGCUGAACUGCUGCGUGGCCGGCUCCCUCAUGAGGCCGCUCGGACCGCCGCCCGGCAAGAUCAAGAAGGACGAGGCGCUGGCCGCCGUCACCACUACAACUGAAAAGCGCACCCUCUGGCAGAUAGUCAACAAGUACCUGGACCUGACGCUGUUCAAGCAUCGGGGCUUCCUCAUCUACCUGUCAGGCAACGUCAUAAUGUUCCUGGGUUUCUUUGCACCCAUUGUCUUCCUCGCUGCCUAUGCCAAAGACAUGGGUGUGGAUGAAUACUCUGCUGCCCUCCUGCUCUCAGUCUUGGCUUUCGUGGACAUGUUUGCCAGACCCUCCAUGGGGCUGCUGGCCAACUCACGAUGGGUUCGCCCCAAGAUCCAGUAUUUUUUCAGUUUCGCUGUGCUGUACAAUGGGGUGUGCCAUAUCCUUUGCCCACUAGUGGAAAGCUACACUGGCCUGGUGGUGUAUGCAGUAUUUUUUGGCUUUGCUUUUGGCAUGGUAAGCUCAGUGCUGUUUGAGACAUUGAUGGACCUGGUUGGAGCUCCGAGGUUCUCCAGUGCUGUGGGACUCACAACAAUUAUAGAGUGCUGCCCUGUUCUCAUUGGUCCACCAUUGGCAGGGAAACUUGUCGACGUCACCAAAAAUUACAAGUACAUGUAUUUCUGCUGUGGUAGUGUUGUCAUCCUGGCGAGUAUUUGGCUUUUCAUUGGAAACUUCAUUAACUACAGACUCUUGGACCGUGAGCGUAAGCAGGUGGAGAUGUACAAACGAACUGAGACGGAAGAUCCCGACCGAGUUCGAAAUGAGAAGGAGGCUGACGGUGCGGCCCAGGCCUCCGAAGACCUGACCGACCAAAACCAAACAGAUGCAGAGCCCAUGCAAAGAGAGACCAACAUUUAAAACCGUUCUGCACUGCCAAACCUUGACCUUCACCCCAGCUGCAGUCGUUCAACACUUUCAAGUAUAAAUCAACUGGGCUCCAAGCCAAGAGUUGCCUCUCACUGAUCAACCACACUCUGGUUGGGGCACUCCUUGGUACUUCUCUGAAAAUAACUGCCAAAGCAACCAUUGUGUUGUAGGGAAGGUGAGGUACAGUAUCUGUUUAUAAUAGCGCACUGGCUGUGACUACAACUGUAAAAAAAAAGGUGGUAAACAUAAGAAACUUACAGACAAAACUUCCUAUCUUUUCCACCCUAAUUCUACAUAAGUGCGAUCUCUCUGGGACACUGCAGAUAUGCUGCUGAUUUUAAUGUACUUAAGGUCCAUCCACUGGAGUGUUUUUUUAUUCAUGAAAUAAAUAAAUUACUUUGAUUCAC